AUUCCAGAGAGCUUGGAGCGCAUGUACGCUGUCCCAUGCAAUAUUUUUAUACAGGAAAUUUGCGUCACUUUAGUCAACUCUCGCAGAAAUGGCCUUCUGUGAUGUUCUUAGUUCAUAACUAUAAGAUGGUGUCAUCAGCUCAGCCACUGAGCUAAGUUUAAUUGAGAACUUGAAUUGAAAUGGAUGAUGUGAUGGUGUCAUCAGCUCAGCCACUGAGCUAAGUUUAAUUGAGAACUUGAAUUGAAAUGGAUGAUGUGAUGGAGCAUCCAUAUUUUCCAGAGGAGCUUCAGCUUCCUGGCUAUGUUCCCAUCUUCUUCACCCCAACUUACAUUCUGGGUGUCUAUACAGCUGCCUCCUCUUUGCUUUUUCUAUUCACUUGGAUUUUAUCAGGGAGAUGCUCGAAGAUCACAACCAUUGACAGAUUUCUCAUGUGCUGGUGGGCAUUUACUGGAUUAACUCAUAUUGUGCUGGGAGGGUAUUUUAUUUUCUCUCCUGACUUUUACAAGCUCAAGUCCCCUGUUUACUUGGCUGAAGUUUUAAAAGAGUACAGCAAGGGUGAUUCAAGAUAUGUAGCAAGGAAUUCUGCUGUAUUAACACUAGAAGGAAUUACUACCCUGUUAGGGGGUCCUGCAAGCCUUCUUGCUAUGUAUGCUAUAGGAGCAAGGAAGCCAUACAGCUACCUAAUUCAGUUCAGUGUUUCUUUGAGCCAACUUUACGGUGACAUUGUUUAUUUUGUCACAGCGUUGCUGGAUGGUGACAAUUUUUCAGCUAGCCGAUAUUAUUAUUGGGCUUACUUUGUUUUCGCAAACAGCUUUUGGGUGGUAAUACCCAUGCUGAUUGCAGUAAGAUGCUGGAAAAGAAUAACUCAGAAAAUUUUGACAGAAAAAAUGAAAAAAGUCUGACCUAUGGGUUCCAUCUUGAGCAUUGAUGGUGCUAGGUUAUUGUUGCAUUUACCAAACUCUAAAAGCACAUUUCUUGAGGACUUUUAAUGCUUGUCUUCUCAUAAUAAAGCAUUAACAUUGUGCCACCCAA